GCUGUGUGCUGUUUCCUUUCUCUGCAUAAUGCAGGUUUUAUUCACACUGAAAGCAGUGAAUGGUUACUAUGGACAUCAGUACUUCCUGUGCUACUUCUCUCAGAAUGUAAGCACCGUUGAAUUCAUUUACUCUUGGUACUUCAACAACUUAGAAUAUCUGAGGUACAACAGCACUUCAGAUAAAUACAUGGGAUUCACAGACAGCAUGGUGUCGGUGGUGGAGCAGUUGAAUCAAGACCCCAGUAACAGCCUCUCUUUCUUGGUUGGAGAAAUCUGCUUAGAAUACAGAAAUAAAUACUAUAACGACAUCCUGAAGACAGUGAAACCUGAGGUCCUUGUGAGGUUACUGAGGGCCGAGGUUGACCUUGAACCAGCGGUGCUGGUGUGCAGUGCGUAUGAUUAUCACCCCAAAGGAAUCAAAGUGUCAUGGCUGAGAAAUGGCGAGGUCAUCAGUGAUGGCCUCCAUCACUGUGAUGGCUCCUCCACCGGUGAGCUUUCAAAUGGAGACUGGUACUAUCAGAUGCACAGUUAUCUCGAGUACAGACCGAGACCUAGAGAAAACAUCUCGGUUAUUAUUAUGUUCGUUAGUGUUCUGCCUUUUGUGUUUCUUGUUGAUUUGAUAGAGGCUUCACUUCCUGAGGCUGAGAGGAAUAAGCUGAUUAUCGGCAUUUUUUUCCUGGCGUUUGGAAUCGUUUUGGCCAUUGCUGGAUUUCUUUAUUACAUGCUGAGCUGUAGAGAAUGUCCUGCAGAACCAACGUCACAGUCGAUAUCUUUAGAGCGCACUGUUUCAGAGACGAGUUCAGAAGCUUCAAACCUAUAACCUACUGCUGUGAUUUUUUU